GGGGGAGGCUAGAGACACACCUGGACGGAGCAGCCCAGCUCCUUCCAGUUGGUUGUUAGUCCGCAACGAUGACAGCUCAAGUCUCAGACCCUCAGGGGAUCCCUGAGGUUACAGCUAAGGAGGAUAAGAAGGAAUUGGGGGGCCCUAGCCCCAGAAGGGACAAGUCAUGGCUAGAACGGCACUUCUCCCUGCUCCUUCGUCGAGAUCGCCAAGCCCAGAAGGCCAGCCAGCUCUUUUCUGGGCUCCUGGCACUCAAUGUGGUGUUCCUGGGGGGAGCCUUCAUCUGUAGCAUGAUCUCCAACAAUGUGGCCAUCACCCUGGGUGAUGUCUGGAUCCUGCUGGCAGUGCUCAAGGUGCUUGCCCUCCUCUGGCUUCUCUACUACAUGGUGGGUACCAUCCGCCUGCCACACGCUAUCCUGCACCGGGAUCCCCACGCUGGGCCUGUCUGGGUUCAGGGCUCCCUGGUGUUGUUUGGUAGCUGCACCAUCCUACUCAACGUCUUCCGAAUUGGCUACAUCAUCAGUCACAUCCACUGCAAGUCUGAAGUGGAACUUGUCUUCCCCAUCAUUGAGAUUCUCUUCAUCGGUCUUCAGACCUAUGUGCUAUGGAACCACAGUAAAGACUGUGUUCAGGUCCAGAUGAAUCUCACCAGGUGCGGAUUGAUGCUAACUAUGGCUACCAACCUACUCCUCUGGAUACUGGCCGUCACCAAUGAUUCCAUGCAUCGGGAGAUUGAGGCUGAAUUGGAGGCCCUCGUGGAAAAGUUCACAGGCAAUGAGACCAACACUUGCCUUUGCCUCAAUGCAACUAUAUGUGAAGUCUUUCAAAAGGGUUACCUGAUGCUCUACCCCUUCAGCACCGAAUACAGCCUCAUCUGCUGCGCCAUCCUCUACGUCAUGUGGAAGAAUGUGGGCCGAAAGCUGUCUCCUCACAUAACCAGUCCUGGCCAGCCCAACUUCCACCUCCAUGGGGCCAUCUUUGGUCCCCUGUUGGGCUUCCUGGCUCUGGUGGCAGGGGUCAGCGUCUUUGUCGUCUUCCAGAUCCAGGCCAGUGGCCCCUCCAUUGGUUAUCAGUACUUUACCCUUUACUAUACUUUUUAUGUGAUUGUCCUGCCUGUCAUGACUCUGGCAUGCCUGAUGGGCACGGUCAUACAUGGACUGGAAGAGCGGGAAAUGGACACAGUCAAGAACCCCACUCGUAGCCUUGAUGUGGUACUUCUUAUGGGUGCUGCCCUGGGCCAGAUUGGUAUCUCCUAUUUUUCCAUCGUGGCUAUUGUGGCCACCAAUGUCCAAGGGCUGCUCAACAGACUUAUCCUGGCCUAUUCAAUCCUCAUCAUCAUUCAGCACAUUGCACAAAACCUCUUCAUCAUUGAGGGCCUGCACCGACAGCCACUCUGGGAGACACCCAUCCAGUACCAGAAUGAUGGCCUAGGGGAGGAGUGCCCACCAGACCUUCGCCGAGGAUCUGUGUUAGAGCUGGGCCAGGGCCUGCGUAGGGUAUCCCUGGCCUAUAUCCACAACUACAGCCACUUCAACUGGAAGCGUCGAGUUCUUAAGGAAAUUUCCAUCUUCCUCAUCAUCUGUAACAUCACGAUGUGGAUGAUGCCAGCAUUUGGCACACACCCUGAGUUUGAGAACGGACUGGAGAAAAAUUUCUAUGGCUACAGGACUUGGUUCACUAUUGUCAACUUUGGCCUGCCUCUGGGGGUCUUCUACCGAAUGCAUUCUGUUGGGGGGCUGGUAGAAGUCUACCUCGGCGCCUGAUUCAAAACAGUCCACAGUCAGUCAGCCCUGGCACUGUUCCUGCUUCUUUCCUCCGCCUCGAUCCCAAACCAUACAGUUCCAGGGGCUAGUGGAAGACACCUGCCCCAAGCCCUGCUCCAUCCACAGCCAAGAAAUCCAAGUAUCCCUCCAUUUGAGCAGAGGCAGAAACUAACUAGAGGGGGUCCCUCAAAGUCUCCCUGCUUCCAGGAACCAUCAACCUGGAGGUUUGGGGACACUUUGCUGUCUUCUCCAGAGCCAAGGAUGAGGUUCCCAGAUGCUAUGCUGGGGUGCUAGUGGGAGGGGCUACAUCUGUUUAUGUUUCUAAUUUAAAACACCCGAGAGCCCCAAAUGGCACAGAUGGCAGUCCAAUCCUGGUAUAUAGUUGUGGCUCUUCCUAGAGCUAGUGUGGGGAGCCUGAGCCAGGGGUCUGUAUGAGAGGUUGGGGAGUGGGAAGGCAGUUGUACCCCCUUCCAGCAAAUGCCUCAGCAGGCCAUCUCAUACCUGCCUCUGGGCCUGUUUAUCCAACCACUGCUCAGGGCCAUCUUCCUAAACUAAGUCAGAGCAAAUCUAUCAUCUUCGGGGGGCCACUCCACCCAUUCACCAACCCCUCCCACCCUUCCACCAAGCCUGACCCACACACACACAUACACACACACACACACACACACACAGUCAUCUAACAAGCUCAUUAAUUAGCUGCCAAGCUAUGUUGAACUCCUCUCUCCUGCUGCCAUAAAACCUGUUUGUUUGAUCGAUUACCUGCUCUUUUUAUUGUAUUUGUUCCCAGAGGCAAAACAGUCACUCAGCCUUGGGAAUGAAGGAAAGGGCUUCCACUCUCCUGUAGCAGUGCUAGGCAGUGGGGAGGGGAGACACCCAGAGAAUAUUUUUUGCCCUGGUGUUAUCUAGAGGUACAGAAAGGAAUGGACUUAGCUCUGGAGGGAAACACCUAGGAUAAGAAGGAAGCCACUUUUGGGGGUGGGGUGGGGAGCUGGCUUCACCUUACAGAAGCACCCUCUUACCAAGUACUCCCAAACCAAGGUAAGUGGGUAGCAGCUCUUCUCCUUGGAGAGGGCCAGGUUAGCAGCUGGGAGUGUGUGCAAUGGGGCUGUGCUCUGUAUGCAAGCCCUGGAUACUCCACUGGGUGAUAAAGAAGUAGAAAAGGUAGAGAAAACAAGCCAGGUAGCUUUUCGGUGCCGGCCCUGAAAAAUCUCUCCCUACCUGUUUUGACCUUGGUCUGGCCCUAAGCCCCAGCACCAACACUAGGCUGGGCACAGAAUGAAUCAUCAUUGUGAGGCCGCAGAGGGAAGGCCUAGCCCAGGCAUUCUUCUUAUCCUGACAGCCAGGUCUCCAGCAUGUCCCUGUAGGUCCUUGGUGCCCCACCCGGAAUGGGGCUGGAAGAAGGAGGACAAUGACGGACCGGAAGAUUAUUAAUGCAGGCUUAAAUGAGCUAACACGAUGAAUUAAAGAGAAGGAGGGCUAGGUUUGGGUUCCAUUUCUGGUGUUGCCACCUAAUAUCUAUGGGAUUCUUCUCCACUCAGGGUCUCUACUUCCUCAUCUUUCAAACGGGGGGAAGAAGCCUUUGUCUAUGGCCAUACCACCCUGACUGCUCCCAUUCUCAUCUACUCAAAUAAAAGCUAAGCAGAACUAACCUGAUUAGUGCUUGGAUAGAAGACAGCCUGAGAAUACUGGGAGCUAUAGACAUUCUCCUUGAUUACCAGUGUGGUUCUAGGGUCAGAGGACCUGGAUUGAAAUCCUACCUUCUCUGUUUACUGCUGGUAUGACCUUGGGCAAGUCAUAACCUUCCUGGGCUUUGGUUUCCUUAUUGGUAAAAUGAAGGCCUUGGACACGUGGCUUCUGAAGUCCUUUCCAGUUUUAGAUCCUAUGUGCUCUGAGAUUCUCUCAAGUUCUAACAUUCUAUGAGUCUAUGCAGAGGCAGUGGGAUUUUGGGAUCCUGGGUGCUACAGCUUUUUCUUUGGUAGCCAUAUGGCACAUGGGAAAGUACACCGCUCCAGAAUCACAGAGUCAUUGUCAGUCAGGAACCUGUUGUCAUUGUUCAGUCGUUUUACGGUUGUGUUCGACUCUUCGUGACCCCAUUUGGGGUUUU